GCAAGUGGCAUGAAUGUUCAUGACAGAGAUCUUAUUUUAUCCACGUUAUUCGGCACCAGCAUCCUCUACCUCACCUUGAGUGCCCUAUCCUCGAACAAGUUGUUCCCACUCCUUCUUGUGGUCUUCAUUGCUGGUAAUAUGAUCCCACGUCUCAGAAGCUUUGAAUCCUUGAUAGGCAAACUCAGGUCCUCCACCAACUCCGGCAUCAAUGCCGCCAUUAUCCCCACCACCUCGAAGCCCAACUCCGUGUUUCGCCAGUUGCCGUAUCAAAAGCGUGAAGAGAUUAUCUCCGCCAUCAAAUCACUCCAAUUGUACGCUACCAACAAUAUGAAGAGCGCUGACCGUCGCCGAAGAUUGUUUAAAAUGAUGUCCUGGAGGCAGCAAAACUUGUGCAAACAGGCAGGAUACUUGGAGAAGCUAGAUAUAAUGGAUGUACUUCUCAAGAAGAACCAAUUGUUUCUCAACGAGGUGGUGGAGUCGUCUAUUAAUGCCUACGAGAUCUCUUUUAGUGAUUUUGAUAUCAUCAAGAACUUCGUCGACUCCAGCAGCUACCGUGUCAUCGAGUCGUUGACGCACUUCAACCGGGACUGGAACAUGGACCAGUCCCAUGACGAGUUUGAACUUGGGCCUGUUAUUAAGUUUAUUGAAACUCAAUUGUCGCAGGUCAUCCCCAAUGCCGAUAAGCCCAAUACUUGUAUAGUUGUGCCAGGAUCGGGCUUGGGGCGCAUCCCAUACGAGUUGGCUCGCAAGGGCUACGGGCAGGUGCACUCGGUCGAAUUUAGUGGUCUCAUGUAUCUUUUCAACCAGUUUGUCUACUCCAAUAAGGAAUCGCUGUUGGCGAAUCUAGAAGUGUAUCCGUAUGUGCACACAAACUCAAAUUUUGAGUCCAUUGCCGACCAAUCCCGGUCAAUUCUCAUUCCCCAAUUGCAGCAGCCAACAAACCUCUCUAUGCAUCUUGAGGAUUUCAACACCUUCGAGCUUCCUGACCCGGGCCAAUGUAAGAAUGUGGUGAUCGUAACGGCAUUUUUCAUAGACACGGCCGAAAACUUGAUGGACUACCUCGAUUCGAUCAACAGCUUGGUAAAGCCGUUCAGAAACAGCUACUGGAUCAAUAUAGGACCGCUCAAGUAUGGCAGCGCUCCGAAGGUGGAACUCAAUAUGGAUGAGUUGGCCCACUUGCGCACGGCCCUAGGGUGGACAGAUUUGACCACUAUCAACACAUUGAAACAGCCUAUUCUGGAGGGCGAAAAUGGGCUUUACUCGUAUGCAACUGACAAACACAGUCUAUGGCAGGGGUACUACGGGCUCACUGGAUGGUGCUCAAAAAAAUAGUUACUGCUUUAUAUAUACGUCUAUGAAUCG